AUGCCUCAUGCUGUAAUUGCAUCUUUUAGACGCAAAAUACGUGGUGCACGGAAUUUCAUCUUCUACGGACCGCCCACUUUUCCUUGGUUUGUACAGGAACUUCUGGCCAGUUGUGAGUUGGCGCCUGCUGUGGCCACAAACGCUUCUGGAGAGAGUCUGACUGUAGCGAGUGCAAAUCCCUCAGCCGUCCUCUCAUCCUCAGUCACAAUUCUCUACUUUCAACCUUGGGAGGCAGCCCAAGUUUGUAUGAUCUCUGCCUCGAUUGACAUCUGA